AAUGACAAUUCAGCGAUUGAAAAAUAAAUGAUUUCGAAAAUUAAUAAAUUACUUCGUCAAUUUAUAAAUUCAACGGAUCAUUGUAACGUUCCUAAUAACAUCAAUAAAAGAGAGAGAAAAAAAAGUUAUUCGAGAAAUAAAAAACGUCAAAUCUGGGGAACAAUUAAACGAUUGAAAAAUUAAUAGAAUGGCGAUCGUUCGGAGAAUUCGACGCACGGCAAUUUAGGGUGAGAGAGAAUUUAAGGGGGGUAAGGGGAUGGGGAUAGCAUUGGAGGUGGAAGUUCGCUCGUACGACCUUGGCCUAAAUGGUUGAUAGGGAAUUAGGUAAAUCGGAGGGGUUGAAGGAUGCCGGUAUUGAUGCCGGCUGCUGGCUGACAGGAGACCCCGGAGCAAAAGCAAAGGGCUACCUGCAGCCCAGACUUUGCUCCAGCCAUCCAGCCAUCCAGCCAGCCAGCCAGCCAGCCCGCCAGCCUGCAAGCCUAUACCCUGGCCAAAUGCGCGCGCAAUAUUCCUCAACAAAAAUGGAAAGGGAAAUCAAGGAAAUAGAGUGGGAGAUACCUGAGCUUGCGAGUAGCUGCUAUACGGGAUCCCUGUUUACAGGAUAACAGGAUCCUGCGACUCACAAUCAGUCUACCUCCGGUAUUGCGAUAUUGUACAUCGUAAACGCGCAACUACAUAUAUAAUAACAUACAUGUUAUAACUAACCCCCUGAAAUAUUAUUGUUGUUGUUAUUAUUAUUAUUAUUAUUAUUGUUAUUAUUAUUAAAUUAUUAGUCUAAUUUUAUGGUUUCGAAAAAAAAAGAUUCCAAGAAUUAUCCUUACUGAUAUUAUAUAUCUCUAUCACAUCACUGUAAACACAUAUCCUUUUUGUAUAUAAGACAUAAUAAUAAUAAUAAAAAUAAAAAUAACAACAAUAACUCAACAACAACAACACCAUCAACAAUAAUCACAACAACAACAACAACAAUAAUAAUAAUACCGAUAAUAAUAUUUAUAAUAAUAAUACUAAUAAUAAUAAUAAUAAUGAUGCCGCUGCUUAUAGUGUAACAAUUAUUUCGUGAACGGCAACAGAUAAACGAAAAAUUGCUACCGGAUGGGCGCACGUACCAUGUUUUCGAAGUUUAAAAGUAGCAGUGCACCAAAUGUUCUUGAAUCGAAUCCAAUAUGGCACCAUUUUGAAGUUGGACAACAAUCGGCUACUGCUGGACCUGAACAUGUUUGGCGAAUCCUUGACGCCUAUCGCAAAAGCGAUGGAAAGGAAGUAUCGAUAUUUUUUUUUGACAAACGAUCAGCCGAAAAACUCCAUAAACCAAAACGAAAAGAAGCAGUUACUGGAAUUCUACGAGAUGGUGUUCGUCAACUUGAACGUUUUCGACACCCGAAAAUUCUACAGGUAAUGCACAGCGUUGAAGAAUGCCCGGAGACACUUGCAUUUGCCUCAGAGCCUGUAUUGGCAAGUCUUGCGAAUGUUCUUGCUUUUCAAGAAGCCAAGUCAAUUGCCAAUGCCCAGUCCUCUACAACAACUCAACAAAACGUCCAAGCUCGUCCAGUCUACACAAAGGAAUAUGAAAUGCUUGAUAUAGAACUUAAAUAUGGAUUAUUACAAAUAACGGAAGCCCUGUCAUUUUUACACUACAGUGGUCAUGUACUACAUAGAAAUGUCUGUCCGAGUAGCAUCCUGAUUACAAAAAAAGGAACUUGGAAGUUGGCUGGUCUUGAAUUUCUUGGACGCGUGAAUGAAAUAGAUGGACUGGACCCUGUUACAUGUCAAGCCUGGUCGUCGAAGUUGUCUAAAAUGGCUCAACCUAACUUGGAUUACAUUGCUCCGGAAGUGCAGCAGCAGUCGAUAUGUAGCAUAUUGAGUGAUAUGUUCAGUCUGGGAAUGGUGAUCUGUGCGGUAUUUAAUCAAGGACGUUCAUUAAUUCAAUCAAAUCACAGCUGUUCAACUUAUUUGAAACAAAUAGAAGGCCUAGAAGAACAAGUGCGAGGAAUUUUGCCACGGGUCCCCGUACCUCUGCAGGAAGCUGUUGUUAGACUUCUUCAUAAAGAUAGAAGACAACGUCCAACUGCACAACUUCUUUCGCUGAUUAAAUAUUUCAGUGAUCCUUCGGUUCAUGCUCUCCAGUUUCUCGAUGUAAUAAAUAUGAAAGACCCCACUCAAAAGACACAUUUCUAUAAGAACACACUUAAGGAAGUGCUUCCAUAUAUUCCCAGGAAACUAUGGUAUCAACAUAUCUGGCCAUACCUUCAAAUGGAAUCGAGGUCUCAAGAAGUACUAGCUGCGGUAUUACAGCCUAUGUUGUACAUAAUACAGGACAGUACAGUAGAGGAAUAUGAAACAAUAAUAUUGCCAACGUUCAGAGCGGUAUUCUCGACCCCCAAGUCUAUACAAGCAACUGUAAUAUUGCUGGAGAAUUUACAUCUCAUAUUAGAAAAAACUCCACGUGAUGACAUCAGAUCAGAAGUUCUGCCCAUGUUGUAUACCUCGUUUGAAAGUACCACUGCCCAAGUCCAGGCUGCAGCUUUGGUUGCUGUUUCAAACGUGACUGAGUAUCUUGACGAUUCGGCAAUACGGCGUAUGGUUUUACCAAAGUUAAAAGGUGUAUUUGAGAAGAAUUCAACCGACGUAAGAAUCAUGUCAAAUGUUUUAUCAUGCAUUGAAUGCAUUUUAGAACGACUCGACAAACAACAAAUUAUCGAUGAAGUACUUCCUUUAUUAUGGGAGGUGAAACUACAAGAACCCGAGAUAGCGAUUCGGGUUGUAAAUAUAUACAGACUGAUGUUGAAUGACAAAAAAUACGGGCUAUCGGUUAAUUUAAUGGCAACUCGAGUCAUGCCGUCCUUAUUGCCACAAACUGUAAAUCCUGCGUUGAAUUUGGAGCAGUUUACCAUUCUAUUAGAAGUUUUACAGGAAAUGCUUAAUCACAUAGACAGGUAUGUGAGAUAUUGCCCUAAUCUUAAAAUUCCUUUUGCCGAUCAUUCAUUCUAUGUUGUAUUUGUAUUCAAUCUCAACAGAAAUCAGAGAAAUAAAUUAAAAUUAGAUAAUCUAUUGCUACCGAGUCCCGAACGACAUCGGCCAUUACGUCAUCAGUAUAGCUCUGAUAACAUGCAUGCACCCCCGUUCAACAUUCCGAAUCUUCGAAUCGAACAAAGGAAAACUUCUUCCGCCGAAGACAUGGAUAGGAAGAACUCUAUCGGAUCAAUGUCGAUGACUGCUUCGGCUGAAAAUAUGGCUCGAAAAAAUUCCAUGGCUGGGAUGAUUGGAAGUUGGUGGUACGGCUCAUCAUCUUCUACGAAUGACAGUAAUUUCUUACGGGUAGCAAAUGCAUUUCCAAAUCGUCGUUUGUCUGAUAAUACUUUGAUGACACCAAAGAUCAGAAUUGCUCCAUCCUGCGCCAGUUCACCCGGAGGUACUCCAGGCGGUGGAUUGCCUAUUCGACGUCAUUCUAGCACCGGACCACAAGAGCGGCGUGGAUCUAAUAUAAAUCUUUCACCUCCUACGGGCGGUGGUAUGCCAAUCACAAGUAGUAGUGUGCCAUAUCUGCUAAGUUCAAGCAUGAAUAGUAUUCGUGGCACUCGUCGGCCAUCGGUGUCAUCAACAUCGUCGCAGCAAGGGAGCGGAUUGCUUCAGACAUUUGGCUCCGGCAUGGUAAGACAACUUCCCCCCAUCUGCCUCAACCUCAAUGGGCCACCAACACAUUCUCCAUCACUCCAGCCAUCGGGACAGCCUUCCCACUGACCCUUGUUUACAGUGUAAGAAUCUCUAUGCUCCUUUACCAACCUUAUACGAAAUAUCCCCCUGUUACCCUGAAUUAUAUACUAUUGGAAACACAAUUUUUCUCUUUGUACAGUUAAAGUUAUGACACAAGUUCAUAAUUUUAAUGAGUUUAACUUUUUGAAGAGAAAAAAAAAAAAAAAAAAAAAAAAAAAAAAAAAAAAAACAACAACAACAAAUAAACAAACAAAAAAUACCUCUCGCUAGCCCUCAUUCUACUUUCAAAGUAUCUGCGUUGACGAGAUCGCAAGAUGCUGACUGUGUGAAAUAAAAAUAUUUGGAAUCAAAUAAAUUCAACGGUUGUGUAAAUAAAAAAAAGAUAAAAUCGGUCGUCUGAGAAAUGAAAACAAUUAAAUAUGUAAUUUUGGUAAGAUUUGUUGCAUUAUUGUUCAAUUUGAAAUCUGUUGUAGAAGAUCAAAAUGGAACUGAUUCGUUAAACUAUGCCAAUUUGAAUUUUUUAAUUUGUUUCAGUAUCAACUAUUCUCUGGGCGUUCAUAAAUACGCGUCAGCUGCGAACCCGGUAAUUAUUACAAUCGCAUGGGUUUCCGUAUCGAACGAAAGUUGUCAAGAAUCAUCUUGUAAGUAAUGUCUAAUGUAGAUUAACUGAUAUAGCAUAAAGCAAUAGGGUUACACAAAACUCAUAUGACGCCGGUCAUGCGACACCACCCAUAAAUUUUGUAUAACGACUAUUUCUUUUAUUUAUUUUCCAUACCUUGUCAUCAUAAUUACUUAAUUAACGGUGAACAGAUGAAAUCAAAAUCCUUUUGAAAAUAGAAAAAAAGGUUCAAAAGAACCGCAUAACGUUCGACCUUUUGCGGACGGAUGAUAAGACUUCAUCGCUAAAGAUCUCUAAUUUCUUUCAAUGGAUAAUGCGUAUCCAGCGUAUCUUAUCAUUCAGGAAGAUAGACGCAUGCGAGCCGCUUCGUGAUACGUCUCCGCAGCUGCAAACAGAAUUGGGCAGCUAUUUGCCGAUACUCGACCGCAAAGGCUUAAGUAGGUAAUUCCAUACUCGGCGUCUCGGUUGAAUAGUAGGGUAAUGAAAAUAAUGACUGUAAAACUCAUCUGCACUGAAUAUGUCGAGAAAGAGGGAAAGAGAGAGAAAAAAAUAAGAAGAAAUUAGCGGAUAUAUAUUUAUUAGUAAAUUAAAAUGAUAUAAUCAGAGAAAAAUAUCUCUGACAGGAAAGUUACCUUCCCCUCCAAGGCCUGCCAGUGAAAAAAUGUGUCAAUUUGAAUUAAAAUAAACAUAACUAUCGCUCUUCUACUACAAUUAGCUAUACGUACGACAAGCCUAAAUACUAUACAUAUACCUUUAUUAUAAUUGUGUUAUGUAUGCACGUAAUACGUCUUUGGCCUAUACACAGCCUAUUAUCCUAAUUACUCAAGCUUUAAUAGUGAAUUAAGAUCAAGUAAAACGAGAAGAAAUAUAGAAACAAAACUUGAAUGUCUAGUCAGAGUUUCGAAAAGUAUAUUUACCUGUCAACGACAUAAACAUGCGCAACGUUGCUAUCUUACAAACAGGAAGAGCAAUGAUAAACCAUAAAUAUGUGUUGUACACCUAUACGUAUCGUCAAUUGCUACAGACAUUCUAUAUACGUACAAUCAAUCAAUUACCGCAUUAACAAUCAUUAAUCAUUAAGGUAGCUUUUAUACAACUAUUUAAAUUCAGGCGGUACAAUGCGAAAAUUCAAGAAAGAUAAAUGUAAAAUGAAAAAAAAACAGGAACAGAAUUUCGUAUACUAUCUCGUAUAAUAUACUCUAUGAAAGUAUUUCAAUCUAAUUAAACAUUGCGAUAAAAAUAAUCAUUUUCAUCAGCGAUAUUCUCACAAAAAGAGGCAAAAAAAACCUUAACAAAAACAACAGCAGUAUAAUUCUAUGAUGCUUGUAAACUGGUGUGAAAUUCUGCAGUAUUUCUGUAAAGGAUAUUUUCCAUUCCUCGAUAGCUAAAAUAGAAUUCAGUUACAUAAAGUUAUGAAGAUGUUAUUCUAAAUUUAAAAAAAAAAAAAGAAAAAAAAAUCAAUCUAACCUAAUUAAAUGCACCUUAUCAAAUCUAUUUGCAUAAUUAGAAUAUUUAUUCAAAUCUUUGAUCGUGAAUGCAUAUAAUCGGAGCACUCAUGUUAUAUGUAAAUGUCAUUAUUUAAUCAUGCUUUAUAAAGUAUUAAUACAUGUCCUUCCCAUUUUUCGGCAGAAAAAGAGAAAAUCUGAAAAUCUAUUGCCAAUAUCAAUGUAAAACAGGGAAUUUUUUCCGCUAUCCUGGAUAUAAUAAUUGAAACGAAAAGAGAUGAAAGAAAAAAAAAAUUCAAUCAAAAAAAUAAAAAUAAAGAAAAUUAACUCUAGCCUUUAAAAGAAUUUCCUGCACAAAUCAAUUUUCGUGAUUAAAAAUUCUACAUCUAGGUAAACCCCAUAAUACAAAUCAGACGGAUAUCAAUUCAACAAAAGAACAAUCAUUUACAAUAUAAUUAUACGGUACAUAAGAUAUUUUAAUACUCCCGCGCGCGCACUAAUCAUUUUAUAACAAAUACAAAGAGAAAACUUCAUAACAAAUUUUUAUUCAUUUAAUACAAUAUAAUCAUACGUGAUUAAACAAUCAAAUAUCAUUAAAGGUAUAAAAUGACCUCAAAUCAAGACUAUAUCAAACUAUCUUGGUGCUUUGCUGAAAGUUAACGAAAAAACCUUUCAUGUUGUACGUCAAAUAAAAAACUUAAAAAUAAAUAAGUGAAUAAUAUAUUUAAAAUUAGCGCCUAUAUAAAUCACCAUUAUUACCUAUAUUACCAAAAUACAUUGCUGACAAUGAGAAAAAAAGGUGAAAACAAAACAAAACAUAUAUAUGAAUAAAUAAUUUAAUAACAAACGAAUGAAAGGAAAAUGAAAAACACCGAUUUAUUAUUGAUAUUAUAUAUUAUAUUGUAAUAGAAAAAAAUACACACUUCAUAUACUAUUAUAUUAUAGUUAUAUUUAUUACAUAGUAAUUAAUGUACUGGUCUUUAUAGAUCUAUAAUAAGCUCUAUUAUAUCAUAUUCAACUUUAAUUAGUAUUAUAUGUAUAAAUUCUAUAAUUCUAUUUCAAUUUUCUCCUCUUACUGUGAUACUGUGUGACUCAAAUAUUUUCAAUCACUAUUACUAUCAUUGUUAUUAUUGUUGUUUUUACUUGAAUUAUAUUUUUAUGGUUACUAUAAAAAGAAAAAAAAACAUGUAUAUUCUGACGCCGUCUUACUAUACACGGUAUGGUCAUAAAGGUACGUUACAGAGAGGUAAAAAAGGAUGAAUAAUUCCUUAAAGAAAACACGUUAAUAACAUAGUUGUUCAUCGAGUGGUGAAACAAUUAUACAAAUCAACUUAACGGCGGUAUAAAAUAAUGUAAAUUAUUCUCUCAAGAGUUACAUACAUAUACUGCAUAAUUCGUAUUAAAUAGAAUAUGGAAUUUCGACAAUCUUGCGUCAAUCAGCUAUUAAUAAAUACCACAUAGGGUGUAUAUAAGUGAACGAAAUGGAUGCGACGCGUAAUACACGGAAACAGCAGAAUAAUAAGAAUAAUCAUAAUAAUAAUAAAAAAUUAUUAACAAGGAAAAAGUAAACAAAAAGCAUUGUAUUGUUUUUCUGGAUAUAUAUUUCUCUUCAAUCGAACAACUAGUUCGGGAUUCGAAUCACUGUUAGAAAAUUUUUUAUAUUCAAAUAAUAAUACAUAACGCUGGCGCUAUGAAGAUUAUAAUUUUCGGUACUCAAAAAACGAUACGAUACAUAAUAUAUUAUGUGUAUAAAGUAAAUGGUGUGAUACUCUAUAUCUAUUACUUGUUAGAAUGAUCACAUUAAGGAUGUCAACAGUAAUAAUAAUAACAAUAAUAACAACAACAACAACAACAACAGUAAUAAUAACAUAACAAUAUUAACGAUAAUAAUAAUAACGGUGAUGAUGAUAAUAUUUAUUAAUAAUGGAGGUAAUAAUAACAGUAAUAUACUCGUAAAAGUGAUAAUGAUCACGACGACAAUGAUAUCAAUAAUAAUAACAAUAACAAUAACAAUAAUAAUAAUAAUAAUAAUAAUAAUAAUAAUAAUAAUAAUAAUAAUAAUAAUAAUAAUAAUAAUAAUAAUAAUAAUAAUAAUAGAAAAUGUGGUUAUUGUUUAGAGAAAGGAUAAAACAAUAAUAAUUAAAAAAAUUAAAAAAAAAAACAAGAAAAAAAGCCAAAAAACAAACAACCUACAACUUACAAACUUAAGUGUCCUUAAAAUUAAGAGCAGCUGCAUAAAAAUUGAUACAUGCAUAAUAUGUGUGUGUAUGUAUGUGUUUAUAUGUAUAUACUAGGUACUAUGUGUAGUGUUUGGAAAUUCAACUUUUUAUUUAAAGUACAAAGACAAAGAAGAAAAACCAGGAAAAAGAAGAAGCUAAGAAAAAUGCCUAUUGUUAGUUUACAUCCUAAUUUAUUUUUAUUCUCAUAGUGUAGGAGCUCAAUAAUCUAAAAUAUAAUGACAAUCAAUAUCAUACAGUAUUUGUAAAGCCCGAAAUAUUUUUAAAACAUCAUGUUGUUGUUGUUGUUGAUGAAAUAAUAAGAUGACAUUGAUUAAUAUAUGUAUCUACAAAUUCUGCUUCUGUAUAUUUAAAAUUUUUGUUUCCAUUUUUACGCAGCUCUGGUUAUAUAUUAUUAUUAUCAUUAUUGUUGUUAUUGUUUUUGUCUUGUCAUCAUUAUCAGUCUGAUUGGAAGAAACGGAUUAAUGGUUCAUAUGGUUGAAUUUCUGAAUACCAAUACUAUAAAAUUAUGUACGUACAUAAUCGAUGUGGGCUACAAAAAAUGCUUAGUAUAUUGAAUUGCAAAUAUUAUUAUAAUUUACUAUACUAUUUUCACAUAGGACAAUCGAUUGUAUACUCGUUAUAUGUAUAUCAUACUACACACACCAUACAUAUAGUAUAAAAAAUGAAGCGGAUUCAUAAUGUAAUAAAAUAUAUCCCGACGGCUAUAAUAUCCAUAAUGAAAAGUGGCAAAGAAGUUGAAUGAAAGAAAAAAGCAGAGAAACAAACGAAAAUCAAUCAAUCAUGAGAAAGAAAGCAGAAGAAUAAAAUCACAAAUCAUAUCACAAUGUAUUAUUGAAAACAGUAGGAUAGGUAUAGUUACAAUUAUUGAGGGUCCGUUGUUAUACAAUAUGUAUGUAUGAAUUUCUUAUUAUGAUUAUUUCAGAUCAAUCAUUAUUUAUUAUCAUUUCUUUCAUAUUGUGUAUACAAAUCCGAUAUCUAUGAUUAAAUAGCUAAAUUUCACUUUGAAAUGUUUCAUCACAAUAUUAAAAUACUUUACACUAAAUGAUUCAUCAUUUUCUUCUCUGUGUCAAAUUUUAUCUAUACCUUUAAUUAGCUACUACAUAAAUUAUAUGCAUAAUGAACAUACUAUAUUUGUCAAUUUUAAAUUAAUGUAUACUAGUUUUAGAAGAGAACAAAAUCUGUGUACAUAUAUACCUAUGUAUACCUAUACAUAUAAUAUAUAUAUAUUAUAUAUACAAUUACAUAUAUAUAUAUGCUGAUUAAUUAUAGUCAGAGUUUUUGAAUAUAUAUUAUUUAUAUAUUUGAUAAAAUAUUGAUAUACUAUACAUGGGUAUACAUACACAUAUAAACAUUAAUUAUACGUAAAAGCAUGUGUAUAAUUUACUUAAUUUAAUUGUGUCGUCUUUGUGUAGUAAUAAUAAUAAUAAAUACGAAUAAGAAUAACAAUAUUAAUAAUAAUGAUUAUUAUUAAUAAUACAGCAAUUAGGGUAAUACCAGAAAAGGUGACCAGCACGAAGCGAUGACUAAUGAUCAAAAUUCACCUAUUAAUGCUGAGAUUCGAGGAACAUUCUUUUGUACAAGUUGUAGUUCUUCGAUCCAGCAGGCUUAUUACAGCCAAAAUUUUAGCAAUAUCGCAAUCUAAUAGGCAAAUUUUGAGCAUUGACCAGAUGGUUCCCCUGUUCGUUAGCUACUCUGGGAAAACCCUAUAAUAAGAAUGUAAUUUUUUUGCAAAACUUAUUUCAAAACUGUUUAAUGCGAACAAUUACUAGGGUGUAUACGAUGCAGUGAAUUAUAAAUUAUUUUUCGUUUUUAACAAAAUUAGUGAACGAAGAAGAUGAAAGUGGAAAGUUUUCACUUAGCGAUGAAUUCUAUUAUCAUAAAUUAUAAAUGUAAGUAUACAGGCAUAACGGAUAUUAGUACACAUAAAUCGUAGGAACAUAAAAACAAGAGGAAAAAAAGGAGAAAAAAAAAAUUUUAAACCGUGUUAAAUGUUAUGUGCUGUAAAUGAAAAGAAAUCAAAUGUGUAUAGUAGAAAAGAGAUGAGCAUUUUAUGUUUAUGUUCAAAGUGUACACGAUAUAUAUUAAAUAACUGUAAAUGCUUCAUUGAGUGUAAAUGUCAAGUAAAAAAGAAAGAGAAAAAGUAAAAAAAAUACAUUAUAUUAUAAUAGCAAUGAUACAUCCAGCACACAGUCCAAAUUUAGUAUCGAAAAAAUAAUCUUGUAGAUUUUAGUAAUAAAUCUGGAUGGAGAGUGGAAUAAAAUUAUAUCGAGUAACUUGAGAGCGAUUGAAUAUAUUUACAUCUAUAUUAUUGACGGAGCUGUUUUUCAAUAAUUGGCGAAAGAAUACAUAUGUUGUUGUUUCACAACCUAUGUUGAAAAAUAUAAUAUACAAGUAUAUUCAAGAAUAGCUAAAAUUCAGAUUAAAUUUUCAACAAUUUGGAGCUUUAGGUCUCAAUCAACAAGGUUUUUUCGAAUAUUCUUUGUGGAAUAUGAUGUAUAAAUGACUAACAAUUAAUUUUUCUAAUUGUAAUUGUCUCAUUAAAGCAAGAAGACUUAGGAAGAGAAAGAGAAGAAAGGCCGAGAGAGAUCAUUAUAAAAUCAUAAGAUAAUAUAAUGAUGAUUCACAGUAAUAGCAAAAUUCGACUAAUAGGUGAAUUGCAAUCAAAAUACUACCACAUGAAUGUAUUGACUAAUCACUUGCGAGUGAAAUGCUCAAACUGUUGGUAUAAAGCUAUGUGUUCAGAAAAAAAUCUUUCUAGGAUACUCCUCAAAUCAUGUAGACUAACUGAUCAUUGUAGAGCAAAAUUAAAAAGCCUAAUUACUAAAGAAAAACAAAAUAAAGAAAAAAAACAUGUUCCUCAUCAUCAGAGAUAAUUAAUCAUUCAACAAUAAAAAUGUUACAUAAAUGUCUAUUUCAUGUAAUAAUUUUUGAAAAUGCAAUAAAUUCAUUGUACUUAUUAAUAGAAA